AUGAUAGAUACACCAACAAGUAGACAUGAAAUAGAAAAACCUGCUAAUGAUGACUCAACUUGGCAUAAACCAAAUUUGAAAGGAGAUUGGUGUAAUCUUUUUUUACUGACACUACUUUACACCAUGCAGGGCAUAUCCUUUGGGUUGUCAGUGGGCUUACCAAUAAUUUUUCAGAGUAAAAAUAUUGUAACUUAUGAUGAUCAAGGCUCAAUGAGUUAUGUUCUAUGGCCGUAUGCUAUAAGACUAUUAUGGGCACCGAUAGUUGACUCAUUCUACGUACGGCGGAUUGGCCGACGAAAAUCUUGGUUUAUACCACUUCAAUACUUAAUAGGUUCGUUAUUACUAUAUUUCGCUUAUAACACUGAUGAAUGGUUACCUGAGUCAGGAAAACCGAACCUUAAGAUGAUUGUGUGUUUGUUGUUCGUCAUUAACUUGUUGAAUACUAUGCAAGAUAUAGCCGUUGAUAGUUGGGCAUUGACUAUGUUGAAAAAAAAUAAUGUGAGUUAUGCAUCUACUUGCAAUUCUAUAGGUAUCUCCAUCGGAACGUUUAUUGGUUCCGUUUGCCCGAGUCUUCUUUCAUCCGAGCAAUUCUGUAACAGAUAUUUACGACUCACACCCGGUACAGGAGGAAUAAUCAGUAUCAAAAAUAUCAUCUUUAUUUGGGGCGUCGUGUUUUUAUCAAUUACAACUUUAGUUACUAUCUUUAAAAAAGAAAAGGAUACUAGGUUAGAUGAUGUAAAGAAUAAUAUUUUUCAGAAUUAUAAGCUCAUAUGGAGUCUAUUAAAGCAUUCUAGUAUGAGAGUAUUUGUAAUAGCUCUGCUAACAUCGACGAUUGGGUAUUCUACAAUGGACAUGUUGACCAACUUGAAAUUAAUUGACGCUGGUGUUUCUAAAGAUGACAUUAUGUUAAUGAAUACUGCCAUGUCUGUCCUAAGAAUAUUCAUACCUCUUCCACUAGCCAAGUAUACUUCAGGGAGUCCAAAACCUCUCAGUUUGUAUCUGAAAUGUACGCCAAUAAGAUUACUCUGGAGUGUACCAUAUGUUCUGUUGAUUUAUUAUACGCCGUUUAUAAUUAAACAUGAUGGAGUUGUGAAUGUGCCAAUAUAUUAUUAUUUGAUCUUAGGUUUUAUAUUUACAAUAAAUGAACUGUUGACUAACAUCAUGAAUAUUACACAUACUUCUUUUUUCAUUAAGAUUAGUGAUCCUCGAUUUGGAGGCACUUACUUAACAUUAUUGAAUACAGCUCGAAGUAUAUCAUGGGUAAUACUAAAUACUGUUGUUUUAAAAAUGGUUGAUAUUUUAACAUUCAAUAAGUGUUCAAACGAUGACCAUGGUAGUUGUUCUACAACCGAUUUGCAAAAUAUUUGUAAUACAAAACAGGGCCAUAAUUGUGUGACAAUUUUGGACGGUUACUAUAUUGAAGCAGCAAUUUGUAUGGUGAUUGGAUUUGUCUGGUAUGCCAUUUUUAAGAGCCAUUACAAAAUUCUUCAAUCAAAAAAUCAUUCACAUUGGAUUGUUGAUGUGAAAAGACCAACUUCAGUAUCACGCAGUCACGUAUCAUCGGCAUAA